GACAGCGCGAGCGCUGUGCGAGCCGGAGGCCACUCGGUCGAUUUAUCCAACAAGUGUCUGUCCGUCUCUCUCUUUCUCCAACUCUGUCCUGGACCGCUCAACGAUUUGUCUUUCCCUUUGAAAUGUCAAUUACGCACGUUAGUUACAUUCUAACGACACCGGAGCGGGGAGACGUGUUGACUGAAACCUUGUUUGUUUGUUUAUUGACCAGACGCGCCAACUUUUAGUGAAUAAUUGAAAAUGGCGAGGUGCUUGUUAAAACGUUUGCGGCGUCCCGGUCGUUAAAGUGUCAGCAGUUGUCAUUUUCCUUUUGUUUUCUUUAUUUUAAGUUGGAUUUUAGUUUAAUUAGUUUGAUUUAGUUACCCCAUAACCACAAACGAUUCGGGAAAGAGGUGUGUUGGCGGACAGAGUUUUGACUGGAAAGUAAUGGAAAAUGAUGAGCCUGCAUCACCGGACCCGAGCCAUGACAGCACCCAGAGUAAAAGAGGAAAUCAAGUGCACAAGAUAUCCCAUCUAACUCAGAUUGAGGUGAUCCCAUGUAAGAUCUGUGGAGAUAAAUCAUCAGGGGUUCAUUAUGGAGUUAUCACUUGUGAGGGCUGCAAGGGCUUCUUCCGCAGAAGUCAGUCCUCCAGCGUGCAAUACUCCUGCUCCAGACAGAGCAACUGCCCUAUUGACCGUGCCAGCCGUAACCGCUGCCAGAGCUGCCGUCUCAAAAAAUGUGUCGCUCAGGGAAUGAGCCGCGAUGCGGUGAAGUUUGGCCGGAUGUCUAAGCGCCAGAGAGACUCUCUGUUUGCAGAAGUUGAGAGACACCGGCAGCAGCAGCGACUUCAGGCCAACUCAGUCCAAGAGCCCCAGCCUCUUCCAGCCUACCGAUCCAGCAAAGAGCCCAGAGAACAGUCAUCACAUCUCAUCCCAGCUCUACCUCCAGCUUACCCUUACUCUGUAGAGCCUGAACUGCAAGGCUGCCCUCCAGAGGUGCAUCCAUACCUGGAUUGUCGCAUAGGCGAGGCCCAGGCUCAGAGUCUGGCCUACAGGGGCUCCCACAGGAGAGGAUUUGACUCCACAACGUCUACACCAGAGGCUAUUCUGAACAUGAGCGGCAGUGAAGUGGGCAUUCGUCCUUUUGACCCUGAGAGUUCGUUCUUUUCUUACCCGACAUCUCUGCACAUAGAGGAGCUCUCUGCAAGUAUCGUACGUUCCCACAGAGAGACGACUCAGUAUCGACCGGAGGAGCUGCAGGCUCUCAGAUGGAAGGUUUUUAGCAGGGAGGAGAUCCACGCUUACCAGAGCAAAUCGGUGGAUGAGAUGUGGCAGCACUGUGCGUUGCGGUUGACCGAUGCUGUUCAGUACGUGGUGGAGUUUGCUAAACGUAUCCCUGGAUUCCGCCAGCUUGGUCAGAAUGAUCAAAUUGCUCUCCUCAAGAGUGGGUCCAUGGAAGUGGUUCUGGUCCGGAUGAGUCGGAUGUUUAACACAGAAAACAACACAGUAUUCUUUGACGGCAAAUUUGCAGGAACGGAACUUUUCAAAUCCCUUGCAUGUGGUGAUCUGAUAGCUGCUGUAUUCGACUUUGCUCACAAUCUGUGUGCGCUGAGACUGACUGAACAGCAGAUGGCAGUGUUCACUGCACUGGUCCUCCUCAAUGCAGACCGACCGUGUCUGGAGGACAGAGAACGAGUGCAGAGAGCCAGGAGAGAUGUGGAGCUUGCCCUUAGUCACAUUCUGCACAGAGACAAUCAGGAGAGUCUACUACAUAAGCUGUAUCAAAGAGUCCAGGUGCUGAAGUCUCUGUGUGCACUGCAUAUUGAGAAACUGCGAUGGUUCCGGCAGCUUUACCCUCUCACGGUGCAUUCCCUCUUCCCUCCGCUAUACAAAGAGCUGUUCGGCUCUGACACAGAUAUACAGACGCUGACUACUCAUUGAACACACACACAGGCACAUUUCAUUUGCAAAUGUAGACAACACACACACACACAGUUACAAAUAGUGUAUGCAAUCUAGAUCUAAAUAUAUUAUUUACCUGCUGAAGAAAUCAAAUAUAUUUUUGUAACUCUCAGAAGAACAGAAAAUAAUAUUAACAGACGUAUGCAGUAUUUUGUAGGCCAAAAGCAAAAUAUUACUACAAAUGCUAUUCAGUUUGAGUAUUCUUGAGGUUUUUUUUGUUUGUCUGAGGAUGUAUUUGAAUGUUUUUGAAGUUGUUGAUGAUCCUAGCUGUUAUAAAGGAGCUUUAUCUCUGAUCGUUAGAAUGUGAUUUCUAAAGCUGAUCAGUUUUGAGACCAGCAAACAGCAGAUUACAAAUGAUAUCUGCAGAUCUCAAAGCAUCAUUGAUGAACUGGUAGUGUGAUUUUCAAGCUUCAUUUACAACAUUA